GCAGGCGCAGAGGUGUAGCAGCGCUGAGCUGAGGUGGACUUCUUUCUUUCUGUCAUUGUGAGAGGAGCAGUACAGUUCAGCAGCUGGACCCCAGGAACAUCAAGAAACGUCCCAGACGCCACGAUGAUUCGGAUAGCCGCCUUCUUCGCUCUGCUUGUGGUCGCUUGCUCGGGAGAGAGCUGCACGGACCCGGUGAUCACUCCGUCGGCCUACACCACCUCUGACGCCGUCAUUUCUUCUGAGUCUGUCUUCAUCGUGGAGCUCAGCCUUGCCUGUGCCAACGGAGCACAGAGCGUGACUCUCUAUGCUGAUGUCAACGGAAGACAGUUUCCUGUGACAAGAGGCCAGGAUGUUGGCAAAUAUCAGGUGUCCUGGAGUCUUCCUCACAAACAGGCCAGCUCUGGAACAUACCAUGUCAAAUUCUUCGAUGAGGAGUCUUACAGUGCCCUGCGCAAGGCCCAGAGAAACAAUGAAGAUGUAAAUGCUAUUGAGCCUCUCUUCUCUGUCAACAUUGACCACAGGGGUGCCUGGAGUGGCCCAUGGGUGUCUACUGAGGUGGUGGCUGCCCUCAUUGGCAUCCUGGUCUACUACAUGGCUUUCAGUGCUAAGAGCACCAUCCAAGCAUAAACUGAUUCACCAUCACUAUGUAACCACUGGAUCGUUAAAGACUGAAUUUUGGUGGCGCUCGACCUACGAUCCAUCAUCAGUGUGGUGGCAAGCCAGAAUGGGUUUUGCCGCAUGAUCUGCUCUGGGACAAGGAGCAAGAGUAGCAGUCUUUGUAUUUUUUUUGUUAUUCAGACUGUGUCUGUAUGCUGUCACUCUUAUCAUUUUACACAUUAAUUGAGUCUUUAUUUUGUCUUUGUCAGUAUGGAUGGAAUUUUGAUAAAACAAACAGUAAACCUGGACCACAUAAAUAAACAGCCUUAAAGGAUGUUGCCACACCAAGACCAGAUUGUCCUUUGUCCUGGGUACAGAGAGUGGGAUUCGUACAGAUGUGCUGAACACCAACAGAGAGAGGUCAAUACCUCCAUGCAUAUGAAAUGUCAAUACUGUGACGGCACUGGCUGGCCUGAACAGGCCCAGUGUGUUUGUCUCUCCCAGUGAAAUGAAUAAAUGGCUUGUUUUUCUUCCAA